GCAGCGGCGGCAGCGGCGGCUCGCGCAGCUCGUUGGCUCACUAUAUAAAGGGGAGAAGCGGGCGGACCGGACGGCUGGAGCUGCAGCCGGUGGCGGCAGCGGCGGCGCGGGGAGCGGCGACCAGUGGUGGUUUCCCUCCUUGGCGCGGGGUGGGGAGCGGGCAACGCCCCCCAAACCCCAGAAGGGUCGUGCCCUUUUUUUUUUUAAGGGCGAUCCUCGAGUUUUUAGCUCCGGGAGGACUGCCCCCUCCUCUUCCUCCCCUCGCCGAUCCCCUCUAAUCCAGCAGGAUCCGAUUUUGUUUAAAAUUCCCCCCCCCAAUUUUGCGGUGGCUUGGGUCACCCUCUGGGUGUUUUUUUCUUUUUUUUUUCGUUUUGUUUUUAUCUUGUUUUCUCGGGGCUUGCCCCCCUCUUGUUUGUGUUGUGUGUGGAAAUGGCGAACUCGGCAAAUACAAACACCGUGCCUAAAUUAUACAGAUCUGUGAUCGAAGAUGUUAUUAAUGAUGUGAGAGACAUCUUUUUGGAUGAUGGAGUCGAUGAACAAGUUCUGAUGGAACUAAAAACUUUAUGGGAGAAUAAACUAAUGCAGUCUAGGGCAGUAGAUGGAUUUCAUUCAGAAGAGCAGCAGCUCUUAUUGCAAGUUCAACAGCAACAUCAACCUCAGCAGCAGCAGCAUCACCACCACCACCACCAUCAGCAAGCUCAGCCACAACAGACAGUACCUCAGCAAGCACAGACCCAGCAGGUCCUUAUUCCUGCAUCACAGCAAGCUGCAGCACCACAAGUUAUUGUUCCUGACUCUAAGCUGAUACAGCAUAUGAAUGCAUCAAACAUGAGUGCUGCUGCUACAGCUGCUACGUUGGCACUCCCUGCUGGUGUGACUCCUGUUCAACAGAUAUUAACAAAUUCAGGCCAACUUCUUCAAGUGGUCAGAGCAGCCAAUGGUGCCCAGUAUAUCUUUCAGCCUCAGCAGUCAGUGGUUCUACAACAACAGGUUAUACCACAGAUGCAACCUGGUGGAGUACAAGCUCCUGUUAUACAACAGGUGCUAACUCCUCUUCCUGGAGGGAUUUCACCACAGACAGGAGUCAUCAUUCAGCCUCAGCAAAUCUUAUUUACAGGAAAUAAGACACAAGUUAUACCUACAACAGUGGCGGCACCUACACCAGCACAGGCACAGAUACCUGCAACUGGCCAACAGCAGCCACAGGCCCAGCCUGCUCAACAGCAAGCUCCUUUGGUGUUACAAGUUGAUGGUACUGGGGAUACAUCAUCUGAAGAAGAUGAAGAUGAAGAAGAAGACUAUGAUGAUGAUGAGGAAGAAGACAAAGAGAAAGAUGGAGCUGAAGAUGGGCAGGUGGAAGAAGAGCCCCUCAAUAGUGAAGAUGAUGUGAGUGAUGAGGAAGGACAGGAACUCUUUGAUACAGAAAAUGUUGUUGUUUGCCAGUAUGAUAAGAUUCACAGAAGUAAAAACAAAUGGAAAUUUCAUCUUAAGGAUGGCAUUAUGAAUCUUAAUGGAAGAGAUUAUAUAUUUUCCAAAGCCAUUGGAGAUGCAGAGUGGUGAAGAGUUGGUUCUUUUCUUUUAUAAGUAAAACAAAAGAAAAUUAAAAAAAAAUUAAAAUGGACAGUUUGAAUCUUGGGACAUAUACCAACCAAAACUUAACUUCUGCAUGUCAGAAAAGUGUAGUAGAAGCAGAGCUACUGGAACAAAGAGACCUUGACAACACAGACACUACUUCUAACUGGCAAGCCAUGGAACUGUAGCACCUGGGGUUGUUGGGUUGGGGAGGGUUGGGGUUUUGUGUAGGAAAACCAUAAUUGUCAAUUUUAAAUACAGGUACCUGCCACUGGUAAUUAGCAUGUAAAGCUCUGUUUAUAUUUCUUCCUCCAACUUGGGUUCAGUCAGAAGAUACUUGUUGGAAUGAACUGAAGAAACUUCCCUUUUGAUAGAUUGAACUGAAACUGCUUAUUGUAUGUGGUUAUAUUUGGUAAAAAUUGCGUGUGAGCUUUUUACAAAAGGGUAAGAAUUAUGGUGUUGAAUUUUAAUUCACUUGUAUAAGAAAGAAGUUUAGAACUCUCAUAAUAGGUCUUAAAUAUUUUUACUUGCUCUUUCUCCCUCAGUAAUAUAUACCUCUUCCUUCCCUGCUUUAUGAAACAUCUAUGUAAGAGUUAAAGGAAGUAAUCAGUGAUCACAGUUUGGAGACAAAAUUUGACCCAGGAAUGGAUAUUUAUUUUAAUUAGGUUUUCAGACUCAUUAAAUGUAGUUUAAAGGUUUGGGUCUCAUCUGAGUGGAGCAGAAUUAAAAUGACAACUUCAACUUUC